AGACGCGUCUGCAUCAGAGGAACAAAGGAGCCGCUGAAGAUUGAAACAUGAUGGAGAAAUCGAGCAGCCAGUACGACUCCUUCCUGUUCUGGAGGCAGCCAAUCCCGGCGCUGGACCUGUCGGAGCUGGAGGAUCUGGGUCUGACCGGGCCGCAGCCGGCCAAUAGCGGCAAAGCAAAGGACAAGACGUUCAAACGGAGGGGAGGGGACGAAGCGGAGGAGCUGACUGAGUUCUCCUCCUUUAACUACUGGAGAGCUCCUCUGUGUGACGUCGACGCUCUGCUGGCCGACCUCAACCUGAUGCUCUGAAACGCAUCAUCACCUGACCUCUGACCCAGAUCAGCCUCAC